CACCCCAGGUGCUUCCCGCCUCCUCCUCCUGGGGAGGCGUGAUCGCCACGGCCCUCGGUGGGCGGGGCGAGGGCCGCGCAUGCGCCCGGCGCCGGCUGCAGGACACCCGGUCGCGAGCGUAUGUGCGCGCCCGCCGCUCCCGUGAGGCGGGGGGCUGCGCGCGAGCUGUUGCGAGCUCGCCGCUCGGCCUCCUGCGGACAGGCUCGCGCGCCCUGGCGGCCGCUGCGGCCGCCGCCAUCAUGUCCGCCGCCAUCGAGCAGGAGUUCCAGGAGAUCGACGCCACGAACGACUGGCAGGCGCGUUAUCUGGAAAUCCGACACAAAUCCAGUGAUUACCCUCACAGAGUUGCAAAGUAUCCAGAGAACAGAAAUCGAAACAGAUACAGAGAUGUUAGUCCAUAUGAUCACAGUCGUGUAAAACUCCAGAACACCGAUAAUGACUAUAUCAAUGCCAGCCUAGUGGUCAUAGAAGAAGCCCAGAGAUAUUAUAUUCUAACACAGGGUCCACUACCUAAUACAUGUUGUCACUUUUGGCUAAUGGUGUGGCAACAACAAACCAAAGCAGUUGUCAUGCUGAACAGGAUUGUUGAAAAAGAAUCGGUGAAGUGUGCACAAUACUGGCCAACAAAAGAAGAGGAAGUUAUGACAUUCAGUGAAACAGGUUUCCGUGUGAGACUAGUGUCUGAGGACGUCAAAUCCUAUUACACAGUGCAUCUACUGCAAUUAGAAAAUAUCAACAGUGGUGAGUCCAGGAUGAUCUCUCAUUUUCAUUAUACUACAUGGCCAGACUUUGGAGUUCCUGAAUCCCCAGCUUCAUUCCUGAACUUCCUGUUUAAAGUCAGAGAAUCUGGCUCACUGAGUCCUGAACACGGACCUGCAGUAGUUCACUGCAGUGCGGGAAUAGGACGUUCUGGCACAUUUUCAUUAGUAGAUACCUGUCUUGUUCUGAUGGAGAAAAAAGACCCAUUUUCUGUAGAUAUUAAGAAGGUAUUACUGGAUAUGAGAAAAUAUCGAAUGGGACUUAUUCAAACUCCUGAUCAACUAAGAUUUUCAUAUAUGGCUGUAAUAGAAGGAGCAAAAUUUAUAAUGGGGGAUUCAACUAUACAGAAACGGUGGAAGGAGCUCUCUAAGGAGGACCAAGCGCCAAGUUCCGAGCAGUCUCCUCCACACCCAACCAAAAUAACCACAGAGAAGUACAAUGGGAACAGCAUAGUCCUGGAGAACAAAGAUCAGAUGGAGAAAACAAACACUGACCUGUCCACUAAAGUUCAAGAUAUCACAGAUGGGAACAUUGAAAAUUCUUCUGUUCGAAAACGACUGCGAGAGGAUAGAAGAGCAAACACAGCACAGAAGCUGCAGCAGAUGAAGCAGAAGCUAAAUGAGACUGAAAGAAAAAGAAAAAGGUGGUUAUACUGGAAACCUAUUCUCACUAAGAUUGGGUUUGGUACACUGAUUUUAAUUGGUGCUUAUUCUUGCUGGAAAAUGUAUCUUCAAGAACAUUCCUUUGCCGAGACUGACUGACACCUAAGCCUUCAAGACUUGUGAAUAUUCUGCAGCUAUAAACUGCAAAUUAUUGACAUGCAAAGCGAGACAUGACUCCCCCUCUUCGGGAACAAAAAGUGAGGUCUGUUAAGUACCACGAAGACCUCAGUUAUCUGUUUACAGCGUAAACUGCACCGAGGGGAUGAAGACCACCAGCAGCGUGUGCUACUUUGCAAAACAAAAUAAUUUACCAUCUUGUGUUUUUAUAAUUGCCUGUAUUAAUGUAGAAAGAUGUAAAAGAAAUAAAUUAGGAAGUAUUUUGUUUUGUACUGCCAUUCUUAUUGUAUUUUUAUACUUUUUGGCAGCAUUAAAUAUUUUUUUAAAUUGA